AUGGCGAACCGGGGCUACGACGUGGUUGUAGACGUGGAUGCCGAGGGCGACCUCGGGCAUACCGACUUGCAAGAGGACCUUGAAUUCCACCCGUCCAACUUCGAAAAUGACCAACGCAGCGCCAAGGUUCAAGGCGAUUCCACCCCCUUCUUAGGCGGCAGCUCUUCGCGCGGCCGCGACCGGUCCCCUGGCGGCACCCCGACCAAGCACAGCUGGUGGUCAAUCCACUACUACGAGCGAUUCUUCGAUGUCGACACAAACGAGGUGUUGCGCCGCUGCAUGGCCGCGCUCUACCCGCGCUCAAACUUCCUGGACGUUCUCGAGGGCAACGCCGACCUUUACGGACCUGUCUGGAUCGCGACCACCGUCGUGGUUAUUCUGUUCCUGACCGGAACUAUUUCACAGUGGCUGUCGAAUAAUGACGACAAACACUUCGAGUACGACUUCACUUUGCUGUCUGGUGCCGCGGGUCUGAUCUACGGAUACACGGGAAUCCUGCCCAUUGCACUGUGGGGUGCACUGCGGUGGUUCGGAAGCUCGACGGCUGACCUGAUUGAGUGCUGGGCAUUGUAUGGAUACUCAAACUUGGUUUGGAUUGGUGUCGCGCUUGUCAGCUGGAGUCCUCUGACUGCGCUGAAUUGGGCGCUUGUCGGUGUUGGCUUUGCCUGGACAGUGUUCUUCCUCCUGCGGAACCUGUAUCCUGUCUUGAACGCUACGGAUGCCAAGGCUAGCAAGAUCUUGUUGAUCUUGGUUGUCGUGCUACAUGCAGGCCUGGCUAUUGCUAUCAAGAUUCUCUUCUUUGCGCACGCGAGCCCAGUGUCGAAGAAGAACAAGGAUAAGGAACAAGAUGAUGACAAGCAGCGGAUGAUGUUCUAG